ACGCGUCUUCCACUUCCUGCCAUGUCGUCAAGCACGGGCCAAGGUACGACCAGCCCAUGGGGCACCCCAGCCACGUCCACGCUCGGUUCGUCCUUGACAGACACCUUUGGCCAGUCAAGAACGCACUACCAGCCAGGCUACUUGAUGUCGGCACAACAGUACAACGCCAUGCCUCAGAACACCCAGCAUACCGACGAAAUACCUACCGUACAGACAAAGGCAAAGAUGAACCUUGCCCUCUCCCGCGGCGGCGCACCCCAUUUCGGGACUGAUUCCAUGUUCGAGAGCUCCACCGGCCAGAGACAGCCAUUUGCGGACAUGGACGCUCCUCCUACAGCUUCCAUCCAUGAUGUCUUUGGCGACACGACCUUUGGCAUGUCUGCCCCACCACAAAAGCGCUUCUCUCUAGACAAUUCAACCUUCCCCUCUCCGUCGCGCACACCCAGAUCAGAAACAACGCCUACCUCGGCACCCGUCUAUGUCGUCGUCUUUGGAUACCCUCCUGACAAGUAUUCUAUCACCGUCGAGUACUUUAAGUCACUCGGAGCCACCACAGAUCCAGAACCCAACACCGAAAUCGUUAACUGCUUUAGAAUUGGGUACAGGGAUGCAGCAGAGGCGACGCGGGCAAUAAGGAGGAACGGCGAGGUCCUCACUGGGACGUACAUGAUCGGUGUCAAAUGGGCCGACCCUUUAGUAGCGGCAGAACUGGCGUCCUCGUCACGUCAGCCAGAAUUUACGGUUUCGACGUCCCCGAAUCAUCAUCCAUCACAUCCCAUGGCCGUGGACAGCCCUCCACCACAUACAUCAGUAGGCACGCCCAUUCGACUCGUCCCGUCCACCGCAGCAUUCCGGAAACCAGGUCUCCAACCUGGCGCAACACCAACACAAAAACCUGCUGUCCCUGCGCCUCUUGCUGGCACCCCAGGACAAAGUCCCUCCGCCAGAGGGGUGAUAAGCCAGGUUACUGAUUUGCUCUUCGGGUGGUAGGACCAACCUUAUGUCUGUCGUUGCUGUAAUAUAUGGUUUUUGGGAUAAUGCAUUGUCGGA